AUUUAUUUCACUUCUCUUUAUUGGAAGACUUCAUAGCGACCCUCCACCGGAGGAAACUAAUAAGCCCGCCAAUCAUGAAGAAGGACAGCUCCAUGAAUCCUAACUUGAAGCUCCAUCUGCCUCCUCCCGAGGAAGUUUCCUUCGCCUUCAUAACCCGAGGCGGUACUUUCAUAGAUGGCGAUUUGCUUGUGAACAGAGACGGCGUGCGGAUCGUUUCUCAAGCGGAAGACGAAAGUCCUCCACCAAUAAAGCCCUCAGACAACCAUUUGUCUUUAGCAGAUUUAGAUUCAAUAAAAGUCAUUGGGAAAGGAAACGGUGGAGUAGUUCAAUUAGUCCGACAUAAAUGGACGAAUCAGUUUUUUGCUCUAAAGGUGAUUCAGAUGAAUGCUGAGGAAUCUCGUUGUAGGCUGGUUGCUCAGGAACUAAAAAUCAAUCAAUUGGCACAAAACCCUUACAUCGUCGUCUGUUACCAGAUCUUCUAUGACAAUGGUGCCAUUUUCAUAAUCUUGGAAUAUAUGGACGGUGGAUCACUCGCAGAUCUUCUAAAAAAAGUUGGAACAAUCCUAGAGCCGUAUCUUGCAGCCAUUUGUUACCAGGUCCUCAAGGGGUUAAUAUACCUUCACCAUGAAGAACAUGUCAUCCACAGAGACCUUAAGCCUUCUAAUUUGUUGAUAAAUCAUAGAGGGGAAGUUAAGAUUACUGACUUUGGUGUUAGUGCUAUACUGGCGAGUACGUCUGAUCUGGCACAUUCUUUCGUUGGCACUUACACUUUCAUGUCUCCGGAGAGAAUCAGUGGGGGCAAAUAUGACAACAAAAGUGACAUAUGGAGUUUGGGAUUGGUUUUGCUUGAAUGUGCAACGGGUCAAUUUCCAUAUACUCCACCAGAUAAGGAUAAAGGGUGGGAAGGCUUUUUUGAUGUAAUGCUAGCUGUAGUCGAACUAGCAUCACCAUCUGCACCUGAACAAUUUUCCCCUGAGUUCUGCUCUUUCAUUUCUUCAUGCUUACACAAAGAUCCGCAGCAGAGAAGCUCUGCACGCGAACUUCUGGUGCAUCCUUUCAUCAAAAAGUUUGAACACUUGGACGUUGAUCUUGCAGCUUACUUCAAAGAUGCUGGCUCUCCAUUGGCAACCUUCUAAUUUUAUAUGGAGGAGGAGGAGGAGGAGGAGUCAAGCACAGCCCCUUCCACUUUUGCAUCUUAUUUAAUUACUUCAAUGUCAUGUCUUUGGUGUGGCAUCAACUUGCAAGCUGCAAGCAACUAUCAUAUUUGAUGUGAGGAAAUAGCUACUCUUCUACAAGAUUAAACUUCACUGAAGAAAUUCAAGAAGCCAACAUUUAUCGAUGGGUAAAUCACUCCUGAUGUAAACUGUGACAAUCGUUGUAAUAUAGUGUGUUAUUUUAAUGAAAAUUAAGGAAUGUGAUUAAAUUGUCUUGGACCAAUGUAAUGAAAAUUAUUUUAGGUAGU